UUCGAUUAGCGUCGACGAGGGCCGAUCAGGCUCCAGUCACAAGAGCCAACCAGACGGUAUGGGAGGCUCGCGUGAGUUGCCACCGAACUGUGUCGUCUUCCUCUCGGGCCAUCCGAGCUUGCCCAAGCCAGCUCAAGCACACGACGCACGCGGCGCGCGGCAGCAGAAGCCCGGCGCGCGCGGGCGCCCCCGGCCGCGCCGCCGGCCGCGUGCAGCUUGGGUGGUGAGGAGAGGGGAUGGCCUCGGGCGGCGGCCGGCGGCCCCCGAGAUGAGGAUCCUGCAGGGCCAGGAGAGGACACGGCCGACGCUGGGCCCCGCCCCGGCGCCCGGCCAGGUGCGAUGCCGCUAUCAAAGUUGCCCUCGCACGCAGCGUUCAACCUGCGGCAGUUCAGCAUGGGCCGGCAGAGGCUGGGCAUGCAGCGCGCCCUGAGCCAGCCGCUCUGUUCCAGCUCCUCCGUGGGCACGCUGAAGGAGCGCGAGCGUCAGAGGCGCCAGGCGGCACACCUCGAGGCCUGGCGCCAGCGCGAGGAGGACGAGCGGGGCCUCGAGGAGGCGGCGCGCCAGGAGGCGCAGAGGGCCGCGGACCGCGAGCGCCAGCGCCUGCAGAGCGCGCGGAGGGAGAGCUGGAGGAGCAGGCCAGGCACAAGGCCUUCACGGCCGCCAUGCGCCGCAAGGAGGAGCGAGCAGGAGCGCCAGGCUCGCGAGCUCGAGAGGCAGACGCGGGAGGCCCUCGAGCAGCAGAGGCUCCGGCAAGAGGAAGAGGAGAGGCAGCGGAGGGCGCCCAAGGUCUGCGAGCUGUGCGCGGCCACCGGCGUGUGCGGGCCGUGCCAAGGCACCGGCUUGAAGGUUCAGGACUUCCUCGUGCCCUCAACGAGGCCGGGUUCCACGUUUCCGUACGAGUUCGGGCGCAAGCCGCAGGGAUGUUUAGACUGCGGGGGGCACAGCCCCGGCAUCGGCGGCAGCAAGAUGAGGGAGGGCAGCGGCAAGUGCCACCGCUGCGGUGGUCUCGGGAAGGUGUGGCCGCACCUGGAGGAGGACGAGGAUUAUUUCGGAAAUCGCAGGACCAGGUCCUCCACCCACGGCGUCGGGUGGCGCAAGACAAGAUCAAGGUCUUCGAUCUCGAAGAGCCAGCCAGGGAACACGUCGCCGAAGUCGCCGAUCUCUAGCCGCCAGCCGUCGUGCGCGCCCGCGACCCCGACGCAGGUCUCCUCGAAGGAGGUGCUCGCCGCGGCGUCCUCGACGGUGCCGUCCAAGGCGUCCGCCGCCUCCAAUAGGUCCGCCCCCGCGCUGCAGCUGCCGGUCGCGGGAGCGGCCCGGCUGGGCGCCCGGCCGGGCGAGAAGGCCUGGCAGCCUGCCAGCGGAGCGCCCGCGCUGCCCGCGGUGCCGGGGGUCGCCGGCAGGGCUGCGCAGCCCUGACAGCGAGCGUGCGCGCGCGCGGUCGUCGCUUCCCGCCGCCGCUCGAGAUCCUCUAGGCAUCCCAGAUUGGAUAGGAGGCCUCUAGGUCCUGGUGCCGCUAGUCUUCCCCUGUGCAGUUGCCCUGACAAUUACGCCCGUGUUGGAACGAAGCUCGUACCGCGUUCAAACAAUGUCCGUGCCAACAGGCUGCGCGCUGGCUCGGCGCGUGCUGUCCCACGUUUUGGCGAGCGUAUCGCGCCAGACCUGCGUGUUCAGUCAGCGCGUGGAGCUCCGUGCCAACACGCUGCGGGUUGCGUGCUGCGUAUCGUGGCAGGCGGCCUGGCCGACGAGGCCCGCUGGCAUUGCUGGUGCACCCAAUCGGUUUAUUCGUCGAGGGGCUGGUGCGGCAUUUUCAUCGGGGGGGGGCGUGGUACUCUCAGCUUGCCCGAACUGGGGCUUGCCGCCGCUUUUCGGUGGUCACGGCAUGGGCUUUGACGGCGCAGCUUCCGUGGGAUGUUUGCAGCGAGAGUUCGCGUCAAAGUUCAACGUAGAGCAGCCAGUCGGUGCA